GUGUGCUGUCUCCCUCUUGGCAUGGUUGUUGGUCUGUGAGUCCUCUUUGCUUAUUACAAAAACAAUGAGUUCUCAGAAAGGGAAUAUAUCUCGAUCGCGAGGCCAGAAGCAUCAAAACCUCAUUGCCUUCAAAAACGAUAAGUACGGAGCGAGUGCUCAAGUGAAGAAGGCAAACUCGAAGAUCCACGAUGGGCUUUGCCAACAUUGUAAGGGUGUUCUUGAGUGGAAAGUCAAGUACAACAAAUACAAGCCCCUAACACAGGCCAGAAAAUGUGUCAAGUGCUCUCAAAAGACAGUGAAAGAUGCAUAUCACAUAAUCUGUAAGCCCUGUUCACUUCAGCAUGAGAUCUGCUGCAAGUGUGGGAAGAAAGAGGACAUUGUUAUCCCCGUAAAUUCAGACUUGGACAAGACAGAGCAAGAAGAAGAUGAACAGAGGGAGAAAGGACGCAGACGAAGGAAGGAAGACCUGGAUGAUUUGGACAGUGAUGAAGAUGAUUAUGAUGAUGAUGAUUUUGCUGGCCUGGAGGAUGAAGAAGAUGAAGAUUUUGAUAGUGACUCAGAACCAAAAAAGGAGCAGAAGAAAUCUGCCACACCCCCAGAUAUGUCUGUACUUUAUGUUAAAGAUUAAUUUUUUUUCCCCUCAUGUUUAAAUUGUGUAGUUGAUGUAUGAAAUUAUGAUUACUCACAGUUUAACUAAUGAAAAUAAACUACUGUUGCCAGUU